AGCAUAACAAAGAAGCAAAAGACAUAAAAUAUAUCAUUAGCCUUCCUUCUCUGUUUCUUGCUAUCACUGAGCCACCAUGUCUCUGAAGAUAGCGGCUGAAAGUUGGCCAAAAACGCCAUCAGAGACGGCAGAGGAUAACAAGUCAGUGGUGGUGAAAGAGUAUGAUGAAGAGAGACACAAAGUGGCAAUAGAGAAAAUGGAGAGCCUUUGUGAAGUUGGGCAGAGAGGAAAAACAUCUCUUAUCACAGACCUCAUGGGAGAUCCAAUAUGCCGUAUUCGUCACUUCCCAAUACACAUCAUGCUGCAGGUUGCAGAAUAUGGAGAAGAAGGAGAAGUUGUUGGAGUGAUACGAGGAUGCGUGAAAACAGUUGCAAGAUUGAGUUCAGUUUAUGUAAAGGUGGCUUAUCUUCUAGGGCUCAGGGUCUGCCCAACAAGAAGGCGACUUGGCAUUGGCACAAAACUAGUUGAACACUUGGAAGAAUGGUGCAAACAGAAAGGAGCCAAGUAUGCAUAUAUAGCAACAGACUGUACAAAUGAGGCAUCCAUCAAUUUGUUCACAAAAAAAUGCGGCUACUCAAAGUUCAGAACUCUAACCAUGUUGGUUCAACCUGUUCAUGCUCACUACAAGCCGGUGAGCUCAAGCAUUGCCGUGGUUCGCCUCCCGCCGUGGCUAGCCAGGUCCAUGUACAACAAGUUGCUUGCCAAUUCAGAAUUUCACCCUCAAGACAUUGGCUUGAUCUUGUCUAACAAGCUCAAUUUAGGGACCUUCAUGAGCAUCCCCAAGAGAUACCUCUCAAAGUGGGACCCAAAAACAGGCAUUAUUCCUCCAAAUUUUGCCAUGUUAAGUGUGUGGAACACCAAGGAAGUGUUCAAACUACAAGUUAAGGGAAUUUCACCACUAGCUCAAGCCUUGUGUGCUGGAACAAGGUUAUUAGAUUCAUGCGUGCCAUGUUUGAAGCUACCUUCAUUUCCUGAUGUGUUUAAGCCAUUUGGGGUUUAUUUCUUGUAUGGAUUACACAUGGAAGGCAAGAAUGGCAGGUUUCUGAUGAGGUCUUUGUGUGAGUUUGUGCAUAAUAUGGCUAGGGAUGAUGCUGGUUGUGAGGCUGUUGUGGCUGAACUGGGUCAAUGGGACCCAGUUAGAGAGGCGGUCCCACAUUGGAACAAGUUCUCGUGGGCUGAGGAUAUGUGGUGUAUCAAGAAACUGGAGAAAUAUGGGCCGUUUGAUUGGAUCACAUCUAGAUCUUCUUCUACACCAGUAAUUUUUGUUGACCCUCGUGACUUUUGAAUUUGAGAAGUUUGGACGAGACUUCAAUAAAGCUUUUUAAUUAUUUGAUGUUAGGAUCAUUUCCUAUCAAGAUGUUAUGUUUUAUUUAAAACUUGAACAUCUUGACUAUGUUCUAGUUACUUCAGUGCCAAAAUCCCCAGAUUCAACAUCAAUUGUUAAUA